GACAGGUAGUAAAACCUAUUUAAAACUGAGCUCAUUUUCUGACUCCUUAAACAUAUUUUCAGAUUUAAUCUCAAUGGUAACUCUGUCUACUCAUUUUCUCAAAAUAGAAACUUCGAGCUAAUUCUUCACAGUAUUCCUUGCCUCUCCUCUCCCUCUCCAAAUCUAACUGGCCAAAGCUCUUGCAGUAGUGGCCCCACUGCAAGGUGCAAAAAUAUACAAAGCUCCAUAAUCACCCUGAGACCACAUAGAGCAAACAUGAAUGAUAUUUCCCAAAAGGCUGAGAUUCUGCUUUCUUCAUCUAAACCUGUCCCAAAAACCUAUGUGCCAAAACUUGGCAAGGGUGAUGUAAAGGAUAAGUUUGAAGCCAUGCAGAGAGCCAGGGAAGAAAGAAAUCAAAGGAGAUCUAGAGAUGAAAAGCAAAGAAGAAAAGAACAAUAUAUUAGAGAGAGAGAAUGGAACAGGAGAAAGCAGGAGAUUAAAGAAAUGCUUGCUUCUGAUAAUGAGGAAGAGGCAUCUUCUAAAGUCGAAAAGGCUUAUGUCCCAAAGCUAACAGGAACUGUUAAAGGUAGAUUUGCUGAAAUGGAGAAACAAAGACAAGAAGAACAAAGAAAGAGGACAGAGGAGGAACGAAGACGCAGAAUUGAGCAGGAUAUGUUAGAGAAGAGGAAGAUACAACGUGAAUUAGCAAAAAGGGCUGAGCAGAUUGAGGACAUAAACAAUACGGGAACUGAAUCAGCAUCAGAGGAAGGAGAUGAUUCACUACUUGUAACAGUGGUACCUGUCAGAUCACACAAAACUUCUGGAAAGAUAAAGAAUUUCGAGGAUCUAGAAAAAGAACGAGAAGAAAAAGAAAGGGUCAAGUAUGAAGAAGAUAAAAGAAUAAGAUAUGAAGAACAACGGCGAUCUCUCAAGGAAGCAAACUGUCUUUCCUUGGUCAUGGAUGAUGAACUAGAAAGCGAGGCAAGAAAAGACUCCAUUUCUCCUGGAAAAUUGAAACUAACUUUUGAAGAAUUGGAAAGACAAAGACAAGAAAACCGAAGGAAGCAAGCUGAGGAGGAAGCACGACAACGUUUAGAAGAAGAGAAGCGUGCUUUUGAAGAAGCAAGGCGGCAAAUGGUAAAUGAAGAGGAGGAAAACCAAGACACAGAAAAAAUUUUAAAAGGGUACCGCCCUGGUAAACUCAAACUCAGCUUUGAAGAAAUAGAAAGACAAAGGAGAGAAGAUGAAAAAAAGAAAGCAGAAGAAGAAGCCAGAAGGAGAAUAGAGGAAGAAAAGAAGGCAUUUGCUGAAGCAAGGAGAAGCAUGGUAGUAGAUGAUGACUUCCCAGAGAUGUAUAAAACAAUUUCUCAAGAAUCUCUUACACCGGGAAAACUGGAAAUUAAUUUUGAAGAAUUAUUAAAACAAAAAAUGGAAGAAGAAAAACGACGAACGGAGGAAGAAAGGAAGCAUAAGCUAGAGAUGGAAAAACAGGAAUUUGAACAACUGAGACAAGAAAUGGGAGAGGAAGAGGAAGAACAUGAAACCUUUGAACUGAGUAGGGAAUAUGAAGAAUUAAUAAAAUUGAAAAGAAGUGGCUCUAUUCAAGCUAAAAAUUUAAAAAGCAAGUUUGAAAAAAUUGGACAACUGUCUGAAAAAGAAAUCCAGAAAAAGAUAGAAGAAGAACGAGCAAAAAGGAGAGCAAUUGACCUUGAAAUUAAAGAGCGAGAAGCAGAAAACUUUCAUGAGGAAGAAGAUGUUGAUGUCAAGCCUGCAAAAAAAAGUGAGGCUCCAUUUACUCAUAAAGUGAAUAUGAAAGCUAGAUUUGAACAAAUGGCUAAGGCAAGAGAAGAAGAGGAACAAAGAAGAAUUGAAGAACAAAAGUUACUACGCAUGCAGUUUGAACAAAAGGAAAUUGAUGCAGCACUACAAAAGAAAAGAGAAGAGGAGGAGGAAGAAGAAGGUGGUAGCAUCAUGAAUGGUUCCACUAUUGAAGAUGAGGAGCAAACGAGAUCAGGAGCUCCAUGGUUCAAGAGGCCUCUAAAAAACACAUCAGUUGUAGACAGUGAGCCAGUUAGAUUUACUGUUAAAGUAACAGGAGAACCCAAACCAGAAAUUACAUGGUGGUUUGAAGGAGAAAUACUGCAAGAUGGAGAAGACUAUCAAUAUAUUGAAAGAGGAGAAACUUACUGCCUUUAUUUACCAGAAACUUUCCCAGAAGAUGAAGGAGAAUAUAUGUGUAAAGCGGUCAACAACAAAGGCUCUGCAGCCAGUACCUGUAUUCUUACAAUUGAAACUGACGACUACUAGCUCCCCUUCCCUCUCCCUGGAACUUUCUCUGCCCCCUCCCGCCCCCCCCCCCCCCCCCCCCCCGAAUUUCUUACUACAUCCAUGUUUUCUGUGGCGGGGCCAAAAAUGGAAACCAGAAGUGCCACUAUAUUGACUUUUUAUUCCUUUUCCUAACAGUCUUCAAAACACAAGCUCAUCUAAAGAAUACCUUCUUCCUAUCCAAAUCAUCACCAGAUUCGUCACCAUAUUGUGAAGUUAAUGUGUAUUUAAUGGGGUAGAGUGGAAAAGUUACUCAAUUAUUCUAAGCUUAUAGCAAUUACGUUUUAAAGAUCACAAAUAAAACAUUAUUUUGCAUGAAAAAAUGAUGUUUAUGAGCUAUUUAUACACCUAAAAUUAAUGGAGACUUCAUAAUUUGGAAACUACUGAGUUUUCCUUAAUAGUCAUUUUUCUUGUUGUAGUUUUAAAGUCUUUCUGAAGCACAGAGGGAAAAGGGGGAACAUGGAGAACAACAAAAGUUAAGACUUUUAAGGAGAAAAUUUAACGGAAACCACUGCCUAUCUAGAAUUCUGAGUGUUGAGACUAUUAACAUGUACUAUUCAAAGGUGUGUUAUAUUCAAGCUUCUAAAGCAAAUUUACGUUGUGACCUUGCCUGAACAAAUUACAUUUUAGUAAAAAAACUUUGUAUCAGUAGUUCAUGCAGGAGAAAACACUUUCAACAUAAUUGAAGAUUUUGAGGUUUAAGAGGGGGGGAAAAAGGCACAAUCUUCAAUUUUAAAAUCUGGUCUACAAUGAGUUUGUAAAUAAUUAAUUACCAUGUUCUAUUACCAAGUUGUUUUAUAUUUUAGUUUUCUGGAAGACAAUUUUAUUUUACAAUGUAAACCCAUAAUAAAAUAACUUGUGUAUUUAAAAU